AUGGUAUUUUCUACUAAAGAAAAGGAGAGAGAUGUUACUAUGGGUAAUGGUUUUGGUGCCGACGAAGGUGAAGGUGAAAGAGUGAAGGCUCCUCUUCACAGCUUCAAUUUUCCUUCUUCUUUGAAAUGGGGUUAUCAGCGUCAACUCAGGUGUCAAAAGGUCCCUGAAAAUGGCGAUGGAUCAUCGCAGAGGGAGAUGGUGUCAUCACAGGAGAGUGCAAUGGAGAGGAUGGGCAUGCUAAAGAUCGAUUACGGUGAUGAUGAAGGGGUUGAUGCUAUGCGGGAGAGGUUGACACUUGAUAUGAAGGUCGAAGGUAGAAGGAUUAGAGAUGCCAUUAUGAAGAAGGACAAAGAGAAUGGUGUCGGUAGUGGUGGUGAAGGGUCGUCAAAGGCUGCUGCAGGAGAGAAAGCUUGGAAUUUCAGGACGAGGAAAGGUGUUCCUGGAGAUGCUGGAAAAGGGUUGAAGAUUGACGAGAAGAACCCCAACAUAUCGUCGCCGUUAAAAGGUGGCGGUUCUACUGAGAAGAAGGCGAUGAAGUUUUCUUUGUCGUUGACAAAGAAGGAGAUUGAGGAAGAUUUCAUCAAGAUGACAGGUCAAAUGCCUCCCAGAAGGCCCAAAAGGAGAUCUAAAAAUGUUCAGAAGAAAAUGAAUGCCCUUUUUCCUGGUGUGUGGUUGUCCGAGGUUAAUGCUGAUUCCUACAAGGUUCCUGAUGCUCUUGAGAAUGAGAAAUUAAGUGUUGGAUUGGAUGUGGUUUUUGCAGAAGUAGGAGAAGCAUUGAGAAUGGAAAUUGGAAGGCAUGUAUAA